GCGGGGAUGGUCGUAGUUAGGGCUGGGGGAAGGAUGGAUCGACGACAUUGAGUUUCGAGCGACCCAACAGCACACAUGGCGGUCGAUUCUAGAACAGACUCUAUGAGUUGCUUGCAGUACUUCUCUUCCGGGUUGGUGAACGGGAUCGACCGAGGCCGAACGGAAGACACGGGGGACCAGGAAGGGUGCGACUUCUGGAACCCGUCUUCUCGUUGACAUGUUGGAAAAGGUAAGAAGACCGACGUGAUGAGAUGAAACAAGAAGCUGUACGUGAAGACGGGGUUGAUGCAGGCCAGUGGUUGGACCGGAUUUGACGAGAAGGAGGAUUUGCCCAGACCAAACGACAACCUACCAAUGCGCAAGACCACGGGUGGUCGUCGUUGGCCGCUUCUGUGUCAAUAUUUACCAGAGACUUACAGAAUCACAGACCAAGACUACCUAAUCAGGAUCAAGUCUAAGGCAGGUAAGCGUCGAGGAUCAGGUGACCGUCGUCGCAGAUCGUUCAUGCCAGUGCGGCUCCUCACCGAGUUCAAGCAUGAUGAUCUGUACGUCAGGAUGCUCACGAACAAGCAUUUUCUCCCCCGUACCCCCUUUGCAAGCGAGAAUGAUGGCUGAAGGUGGUUUAUACGGCCAGAAAGUGGCUGUAGCGUUUCGGAUGGAUUGAUUCUUUACCAAGGGGUUAAUUCAAGGUCCACGUGGAAGGUGUCGAAGAUGAAGCAUCACAAUUAGCCUGUAAUCAAUAGCAUGGGCGGAGAUCACUGGGUUGUUAUUUUCUACGACAACCGGAGGGUACGGAGUACCUGAAGUUGGGAGGGAAGGGUUUUUCCGAGUUGGCUGGUCUGUUCGCUCGACAAGUACUUUCCUCCACGGUGUCCGUCACGAGUCGGCACGAAGCGAGCAAUCAAGCACGGAGGGAGAACGACACAGGAGAAGGAAAGAAGAGGAUGGAAAGCUGAAGUUAAGUCAAGUCAAGUCGCCCGAUAAAAGAAGGAAACCGCAUGGCCUGGUCGACGGGCGUGGUGCCAUGUCAUGGGCAUGUCAAGCGGUCAAAACAAAGAUGUCUAGGUGGCAUGACGAGGCAUGUACAGUAGGUAUCCUCAGCCCAUGCAUGCCAGAGGUUGCUUUUCCUGAGCUUCUUUUCCUUGAGCAAAUCAGGUGUGCGGUGGAUGAAUUACCUGCGAGAUAGAUGACAUCUCAUGGUCAUGUCGUCGACGUCUUAAGGUUCAAAUUUUGUGACACUGACUACCGAGGUUCUUGGUGGCUGAAAUCUGGACGCCGUUGGGAGAAUGAUCAGGAACCAGGAUUGAAAUGAAUCAAGAUUGCGG